UGGCUGUGGCUGUGGUGCUUUGCAAGUUGCAACCUACCUUUUCUCUCACUACAAAGCACACUCUCUCUCUCUCUCGUCAUUCCUUUCCCGAUUGUUUCAGAGAAACGGCUGAAAACAGAAAACUUUCAUUUUGUUACUGCUAACAGCAAACAGACGGCGAUCAGUUUCACGAAACUCAAUAUCGGUAACCAAAAUCAACAACAAUAUGAUCUUUACCAGGUUAUUGAGCUCACUCCUUCAUCGAUUGGACGUUUUGCGAUUGAGAUCUGUGCUUUGACGAUUUGUUUCCGUGGUUAAAUGCGACUCCAUACAUCAGUUCCCUGUUGGAUCUGUCAUAUCAUUGCAUGCAUGGGAGCAGAGGUUGUCUUGGAUGUUGUACUAAGCCUCCACUGAUUAUUGCUGUGGAUGAGCCAUCAAAGGGAUUGAAAAUCCAAGGACGAAAAGUUAACAGAACUGGCAUAUCAGAGGAUUUUUGGAGCAGUAGCACAUGUGAGAUGGAUAAUAGUGCAGUCCAGUCCCAGAGAAGCAUCUCAUCAAUCAGCACAUCAAACCAGGUUCCUGAUCCCCAUAGUGCUGCUGGCAGCACAAGCAACCCUGCUGAAUUUGUAAAUCAAGGUCUCCUCCUUUGGAAUCAAGCAAGGCAGCAGUGGAUUGGAGAGAAGAAAUCUCAAAAUCGUACUCCAGUUAAAGAUCCCAGAUUAAGUUGGGACUCAACCUAUGAGAGUUUACUUGGGACCAGUAAGCCUUUUCCCCAGCCCAUCCUUCUCCCAGAAAUGGUAGAUUUUCUUGUUGAAGUCUGGGAACAUGAGGGAUUGUAUGAUUGAGCUGGCAAAACCAAAAUGACACUUUAUUUCCAUUUUCAGUGUUGAGGUUAACAUUUUAACUUUCCACCUCCUUAAUUGUAAAGUUAUAAGGCGACAGUACUUGAAAAAAAUCUAGCCAAGUAUUUAUAUAAUCAACUGUAUAAACCUUGUUACUGUCCAUAUUAUCUUUGUCCGGCUUCACGUGUUUUCUGUA